AUGGGGUGCGUGAGUGGGCGGAAUAAAGGGUCGGUGUGUUGUGUGUGGGUUUUUCUCUCACUCUCUUCCUCCUUCCCUGUCCGUGCAUCUCGACGCUGGCGAUGGAAAUGGGGUGCCCCCACCCGUCUUGAAACACGGACCAAGGAGUCAAACAGACGCGCAAGGGAGGAGUAUGUAUGUGAGAACUCUUUUCUCGUACUGAAAGGGAGGUGUGAUUUUGCACCCGUGGCGUGCGCAAUUUCUCUUUUUUGUGUUUUUGCCCAACGCCGGCCGGCCCCCCGUGGGCUGCGCGCGAGUGUGCCUGUUUGGACCCGAAAGGUGGUGAGCUAUGCCUGA